UGAGCGAGCAACACUUUGAACUCGUUUCAACCGUAUACAAGAAAUAGCGUUAAACUUGGCUAGAGCAACGUCGAAAAACGAUCAACAUGGUGCGAUUAUGUAGUGAAUUGGCGGAGUUACAAAAGUUUGUUAUUUGGAUUAUAUCUCUGCUGUCCUUCUCCAAAGAGGUACAAGCAUUUAUAAAUGUACGUCUCGAGAAUGGAAAAGGGGCUUACGAAGGCAGCGUGGAGAUCACUACGGAUUCUUACAACUGGGAAAUCAUCUGUGGAAGCAGCGAAUUCGACAUUCUUGACGUCAUCGUGAUUUGUCGGCAGCUCAACUAUCCGGGUGCUAACCGGGCGUUGGUGACCAGCCGUUAUCCGGCAGGCGAUUACCCGAUGUCUGAAUUUGCUUUUAGAUGCACAGGGAACGAAAAUCAUCUUAAUAAGUGCAGCUUCACCGCAACACAAUGUGCUUCGCGGCAGGUCGCGGGUGCCGUUUGUUACAGACCAGAUAGCGGAUAUUUGGGUUGUUUUAACGACCGGUUCACCGAUCCGGCAUUGACGGGGGCGGUUGUCGUGGAACAGAGUAUGACACUAUCUCGAUGUGUGGAUUUCUGCCAGAUCAACGGAUUUGCGUAUGCGGGACUGAAGCUCGGGACAAAGUGCUCUUGCGGGACUAAAAACGAGGUUUACGAUAGAUACGGGAAAAUAAGUGAUUCUCAAUGCCAUUACUCGUGCGGGGGAUCUCAGUACGAAAGCUGCGGUGGAUACGAAACAACUGCAGUUUUUAGAGUUGUAAGUACUAUGGUUCCAAGCACACCGGUCACCACUCGGCCUUUGACAACUAUGACGUCAUAUUUUCACUCCGGAAUGACUACAACAAAAGGCAGUGGAUACAACCGCACACGACCGGAAGUCACGAAUGGUUACCCAAGCACCCCCUCGGUGACGGUCAGGAUGGUGGCUAAAGAAGGAAACUUCAUCAGCCAGCCGUCCGGUAUAGCUGUAGUGAUAUCAUUGUCCGUUGUAACGAUCGUCUUGAUUUUGAUCGUCGUGUUUCUUGUACGUAGAAGGUCAUCUCCCCCUGAUUUUAAGCGAAAACCGAGUAACCGGCCCUACGAAGAGAUAACCCUUGAAGUCCAAGAGAUGGAAAGCCCUGGAACGGCACCGAACGCUUACUGUGAAACCGGGGAUGUCCCUCUGAAUACACCGCUAGUCGUCACACCUGCGGACCAUACAUACGAACACGCCGAGCUGUUUUCACCAGGUGAAAGGAAUUCCGAAAUGUACUGCACUGUCCCUGACGUGGCACCAGAGAACUCGUCAUCAGUCCCGAACGGCCGAACCAAGCCCGAGACGCCUCCGGAAAUUCGCAAUCUGUACGCGAAGCCGCAGAAGGUUAAGGAGACAUCGCGCGUUCCGAGAUACGACACGGGCUAUGAGACGAUCGAUGACGAAGACUUACGAGUCGACCCGAAGAGUUACCUCGGUGGUGCUCGGGACAUUGCCGAUGGUGUUGGCGUGCAGGAGGAGGAGGACAACCAUGUUGGAUAUUCCACGAUACAAAAUGGCGGAGAUGAUUUCGAGUCGAGUUUGAACCUGGAUGAGAUGUAUGCAAAGCCUAUAAAGAAGGCACAUCGUAAGGUUGUAAAAGAAGACAGUUUUGAUGAGACUUGCAUGGUGGAAAAUGAACUUUACACAUCCACUGACUCGUAACCAUAGAAAUAAUCACCUUAUUAGAAGUCAUACAGAAUACUGUAAUGAAAUGUUUUGAAUUCCUUUGUGUCUAUACUAUAAUGGCCUUUAUUUAUUGUGUAUCUAAAUGUGUUAGCUAGAUAGGCGGUGAUAAACCAACAAUAUACAAAUAAUUAUAUACUGUCUUCAGAGUUUCUGGUCGAAACUAUAGGCAAGAGGUGACUUUAAUAUUCACCGAGGCCCACAGUUUCAACCAGUACCUCGAAAAGAAGGCAGUGUAUAUAUUUCUUUUUAUCCUCUAGUUUUUUAUAUUUUAUGUAGUACAUUUUUUUUAAAUAAUU